AUGGAAGAUACCAAGCCGCCGGAUCUUGAAGGCAUGGCGGAGGAGACGGAUCGCUUUCGCAUGAUGGAGCUGCGAUCGGGGCGUCGUGCCCGGCGCUCGUCGCAGCCAUGUCGGGCUCGCUCCCUGCGUAGUCCAUGCGGAGGAGCUGAUGACCCCCUCAGUGCCCUCCCCGACGAGAUGCUCCUCAUGGUCCUCGCGCGCCUACGCUGCGCCCGCAGCGCCGCGCGCACCAGCAUCCUCUCGCGCCGCUGGCGAGGCCUCUGGACCUACCUCCCCGAUCUCACCUUCCGUGGCGUCGCGCCUGUCAAGAUCAAGGCCGUGCUCGCCCGGUUGGCUUCUUCGCCUUCGGUGCCCGCCACGCUCGACAUCGACAUCCCUCCGAUCCACCGUACUGAUGAUGGUUGUUUGGGCCAACUCCUCGACGCCGUGGCUAGGAUCUCGCCGCGGGAGCUCCUCUUCAGUUACCAACAUGACAGGUUCAAGAAAACGGAGCUGCACCUGCCCUGCUUCCGGCGCGCCCUGUCAAUCGAGAUCAAGUCGGACAACAAUAUCUGCUUCACACAGCUGCCGGCUGGCGAGUUCUCCGCGCUCGAGAGGCUGUCCCUCAGGGACGCCAUCGUCGACAUUGAUACCCUGCUCACCCACUGCCCGCGUCUACGAGUGCUCAAUGUGGUCGUACCUACAUCCGACAUCAAGGUCCACUCGGUGUCACUGCGGACAAUUGAUGUCCGUAGCCACCUCCUACGGAUCAGUAGCAUCGAUAUCGUGACGCCCAACCUUAAGCAGUUGGAAUUGAGAAUUGACGGCCACACAGACCUCAGAGUGUCCAUCUCGGCGCCAAUGGUGGAGAAGGUCGUGUGGAGGCGCUAUUUUUCAGAGACAAGUCUUCUGUUUGGUUUUUGGCGUCUCGGGAGCAUGGACUUAGGGUCGGCAGACAGCUUUACAGACGUUCCUUCUGUUGAUCAUGUCCUCUCUUUGGAUAUAUGUGCCAUUGAUCAAUUGUAUGAUUACAUGGACUUUGCACAAGAGGUGCAGUUUUCACAAGAGAUAGAGAACCUUCCAGUUUCCAACUUGUCUGUGUUGGAGCUAUAUAUUGAUACGGGUGGGCAUGUUUUCGGAGCGCUUGUGUGGCGUCUCUUUGGGUUGCAUCACAUUUGUGCCGCUACGACAAGGCUAGUAAUCGACAUAGCACCUUGCCACUCGAAACAACCAUGCCCAGAAAAUUGUCCUUGUGACGAGCCAAAGAAUUGGAGAUGCCAAAGUAUCUCGUUGACCCGUCUUGAAGAAGCACACAUCGACGGCUUCAGUGGAGAAGAUCAUGAACAUGAUUUCUUAGAACUGAUACUCAGAUCUUCACCAAUGCUUAACAGAGUGGCUGUGAAAUUGGUGCCUGAGUUUGGAGGUUGCACCAAGAAAAUCUACAACGCUAUCUUGGCGUAUCCUGCUGUGAAGGGCUAUGUCUAUUUCAGCUCCGCUGAACUGGUUCUGCCACCAUCUGAUUAGCUAGCAUGCUCCAUAAUGCAACAAGAUUGUUUGAGUGACGGGGAUACAAGACUAUAUUUUGUUAUCCUAAUCUCAUAUUUUGUAUUUAUUAAGUGAAAAAUAUGCAACUAUGUAAUCUUUAUCCUUGACUGGGCACUGUCAGAACCAAAACUGAUGCAAUGACUUGAAAUAUGUUACCUACAAAAGCUGAGAAUUAUAUAGUUCUGUUCAGCUCCUUUUAUUCUUAGUUAGAAGAAAGUAUCCCUUUCCAUUUUUGCAUUUGUUGGCAUGCUCUUGAGCGACCUGCUGUAUACACCUAAAAGGAUGCAUCGCAAUCUAGCAGUGUACACCAUAUCGCAAGAGAUAUAUAUUGUUCAGGGUGGCGAUCGUGUCAGAGUGCAACAGGUUGUCCUCAUAGUCACAUAUAACUAGCAUGUUCAGAUUCUUGCUUAGAUCAUGGACAUGCUCUCCUCACUGAAACCACGCCCUUGAAAGCGAUCGCUCAAGGUAGGUAGGUGCCAGACAUUCGCCACACUCUUUUUAACAUUAGCCAACAACAAUUGUUCUAUCCAUUUACCACUAUUUAAGCUUUUCACCGACACGUGUGUGAAGGUGAAUAUACCACAACACUUUGGAUUGAGACCCAGGGAGCAUGGCGCACCCAAUGGUUCCGAAGGAUGAUUAUGUAAGAAAUUGUGGAGGAAGAAGAGGAAAUUGAUCUUUUGCUGGGUGGAUUAAUAAUGUAUGAACUAAAACUAGAAAGGGCCUUGC